AUGUUAGACAAAGACUUUCCUGUCGAUUAUUUCGUCGGUACGAUGGUCCGUCUUCUGGACACCAUCCAACAUAAUGACGAAAACUACACCCACGACGAACGUGUUAAGACUCUUCAUUACGUCUAUACUCAAGCCGCCAGCCAUUUUAAUCAACCGUGUGUUCGCUGUACUCUGGAUAUCAGACCACAAAAGCUCCAGGCCGCGUUGGAAACCGUUACCGGAAUGGUCGUUUAUUCCUGGGUUAAAGCAUCGCCCGGGUUGAUGGCCGCCCUGACCGUCCACUACACCUACGCACUCUUUCUAGAUGAUGGCAAGGAUGACCCUUUCCCUACGAUGGGGUCUUUCUUCAAUGAUAUGGCCGACGGUAAAGUACAGCAGAAUCCGUGGUUGAGAUUGGUGAACGGACAUUUCCCCAACCUUUUGAAUCGCUAUGGGCCGUUCUGCGCCUUGAACAUUUACCGGAGUACAAUUGAUUUUUUCGAGGGCUGUUGGAUCGAACAGUAUCAUUUCCACGGCUACCGCGGAGCAGAGGACUUCCCUGAUUUUUCACGGCGGAUGACCGGCCUCGGCCACGCCGUCGGGGCCUCCAUCUGGCCCGCCGAGAUGUUCGACGAGCAGAGAUACUUCCGUGAAAUCACUACCGCCAUUUGCAUGAUGGGAAACUGGAUCGUUUGGAUCAACGAUCUGAUAUCCUUCUAUAAAGAGUUUUACGAUGAGCGGGACCAGACCAGCCUGGUCAAUAACUACUCCCACGUGGAUGGAAUCAGUACUACCGAGGCACUCGAGAAACUGAUUCAGGACACACUCCGUGAGAGCGUGCAGAUUAUGUCUGUCUUCAAAGAUAAACAUCCAUUGAUCCUGGAGACCUUGACCCGGUUCAUGCAUGGCUAUGUUACCUGGCAUCUCUGUGAUCAGCGCUACCGCGUGAAUGAAAUCUACGAGCAAGUUGACAGAAAGAGCGAGGUUGGUCGGAAGUUUUGUCGGUAUUUUGAAAAAGCCAACAAAGUCGGUCGUAUCGACCCAGCGGAAUGGGCUGUUCCAGCGGUUGCAGGUUUUUCGGGCUCAAAGGAAUUACCAGAUUCAGCGCCAAAGGCCUAUGCAGAACAGAAUGGCCUGGUUACGCCUCCUAUGAUUGAACUUUGA